CCAACACCUCGAAACCAACAUCAAGCUGGGCCAUCAACAUCGGAUUGAACACGCGAGUGUGCGCUUUUCUAUUCUUCGAGACGUAACUUAAGACCUGUCACUCCCCAAUCUGGGAGACUCUUUUAUUUCAUCCGCUCACCUGAAUCCAACAUCCACGAUGCAGUCCGGAAUCUCAGCAUCAAAGGAGUUAGUCUCCCAAUUCAACACCCUCCUCUCCGACACAUCCCUUUUCGGCCUCCUCGUAACCAUCACCUCCGAGUCUCUCACGCCUCUCACCACCCUCCGCUCCAAAGGCGGCUUCUCCAGCAGCCUCUCAGAGCUCGCCCCGCACCUGCAACCCAACGAAGCCCUUUACAUCAUCCUUCGCCGCCACGAUGCCGCGCCUCCGUUCAUAGCCGUCACCUACAUCCCUGAUGCGGCCAAGGUGCGGCAGAAGAUGCUGUUCGCGUCGACGCGGCUGACGCUCGUGCGCGAGCUGGGUUCCGAACACUUCCGCGAGACCAUCUUUGUUACCACGGCCGAGGAGCUGACACCUGAGGGCUUCGAGAGGCACGAUAAGCACACGGCACUCGCUGCCCCGCUGACGGAGGAGGAGAGGACGUUGCAGGAAGUGAAGCAAGCUGAGGCGGAGGCGGGCUCGGGUACAGGCGUUAGGGAGAUUCAUCUCAGUGCUUCGAUGAACAUGCCAAUCAUGGCAGAAGGCCUGGCUGCGCUGAGUGAGAUGGGAAGGGGGGAGGGCAGUGGCCUCGUUAUGCUGAAAAUCAACCCCACCACCGAAAAAGUAGAACUCGUCAACUCCUCGUCAACCCCCUCCUCCUUUUCCGACCUCGUCUCUUCCAUAUCCUCCGAGGAGCCCCGCUUCACCUUCUGGAGGUACACACACAGCCACGACGGCACCGAGAGCAGCCCCAUCCUCUUCUUCUACACGUGCCCGGCCGCGGCGGGCAAGUCCAUCAAGUUCCGCAUGAUGUACCCGCUGAUGAAGCGGACUGUCGUCACCAUCGCCGAGCAGGAGGCCGGCGUCCAUAUUGAGAAGAAGUUCGAGGUCGAGGAGCCAGACGAGAUCACCGAGCAGUCCGUUCUGGCCGACUUGCAUCCCCGGGCUGAGGUCAAGACGGCGUUUAGACGGCCCAAGAAGCCGGGGAGAUCUUAGAUGCCCCAAGUGUUGGUUCUUAUGCUGCCCUUUUGAGGGGAAAGGUUUGGGUUAUAGAGACGAGGUAGAUAGACAAAAAGGGACAUAUCGUGCGUCCAAUCCUGGGAUACAGCUUUACUUUUUCCCACUGUGUAGAUCUCUAUUCAGCAUGCGGGGACCAGAGCAUAAAGGCGGAAAGAACCAUCGUGUCCUUCCAAGUUACUAGCACGUAAAUCUUGUCCGCCACUGACAACUAUGCCAACAUCUAAUAGUGCGGAUUUUCCA